AUCCCCAAGCUGAUCCUUCCAUUUUGCUCCACGCUCCAUAGCAACCAAGCGGCGGAGCUGCAUCCUCCGGCCACCGACCGGCGGCGCGACGACGGUCUGAGCCGAGGAUUUAAGGAUAUGUCUGCCUGUUCUGAACAAGCCUUGGUGAGUGUUUCGACGGGAGUGAUGAACUGCCUUGUUGCAAAGCUUACCGCCCUGAUUGAUGAAGAGCAUGUUAAGUUCAGCAACGUUCCCAAGGAGGUGAGCUUCCUCAGGGAUGAGCUCAGCACCAUGAAAGCUUUCUUGGAGACACUUGCAGACAGAGGCAAUCUUGAUCCACUGACAAGAGAGUGGAGGAACCAAGUAAGGGAGAUGGCUUAUGAGAUUGAGGACUGGAUUGAUGAGGGUAUGCAUUAUCUCACCAAGGAUGAAGACAAUUCUGGGUUUAUUUCGAAGAUCAUUCAUCGUGUCAACAGGAUGAGAACACAAAAUCGCAUGGCCAAUCAAAUGAAAGAGCUGAAAACUCGUGUGGUGGAGAUGAGCCAUCAGCACAAAAGGUAUAAGCUUGAUGAAAGCAUCUCUACAUCAGACUAUAUAGCCAUUGAUCGUCGCCUCUGCACACUAUAUGCCGAUACAGAGGCCCUUGUGGGUAUUGAUGGUCCAAGGAAUGAUAUUACCAAGAGGCUGAUGGGUUCAGAUCAUCAUUUGAUGGUGGUGUCUAUUGUGGGAAUUGGUGGUCUUGGCAAGACAACACUUGCUAACGAGGUGUACAAGAAGAUUGGAGGACAGUUUGAUUGUCGGGCAUUUAUGUCAAUCUCUCACAAACCAGAUAUAACAAGGAUUGUUAGUAAUAUACUCUCACAGCUGGGCCAGACAUCUUCUCCAUCUUGUGAGGUGCAGGACCUUCUCAACAAUCUACGCCAUCAUCUACUGGGCAAAAGGUAUUUGAUCAUAAUCGAUGAUUUGUGGGACAAAUCAGCAUGGGAUAUUCUUAGAUGUGCGUUCCCCCAAAAUAAUCAUGCUAGCAGAGUGAUAACAACAACAAGGAUUGAAAAGGUGGCAAUGGAAUGUUGCAGCUAUCGCUGUGAAUUUAUUUAUAAGAUGGAACCAUUGAAUGAACAGGAUUCAAAAAGGCUUUUUCUUAAUAGAAUAUUUGGCUCAGAGGAUGCGUGAUGCCCAAGUGUGGGUAUGUUGGACCGACGUCCCAAGUUGCAACUUCUUUUCCGGAAGCUUAUCUCAAGAGAACUCCUAGCGGUAAUCACCGAAGUUUGAUUGCAGUGUGGUAAGGGGUCUGUGAACCAAUUGUUAAGGGGUAAGGCUAAGCUCUCUUUCUCAUUAAGAAAGCGGCCCAUCCUAAGAGAUCGGCAUCAUACUAAGGACCGUGCCGAGCAAGGUCCGAAGGGAUUUGAAUUCCACACGCCUACGAAGCAUUCAGUUAGUGGAAAUUAAGGGCACGAACGGUUGUUGUACAAUACGAGACGAUGGUAUGAUAUCACUCCUACUUCAUUCUCUACUUCACUCAGGUCUAAAAUCAUAAGGAAAGUGUCAUCCCAGCGAGGAAAGACAGAAAGAAAGCAAGUGUGCCAUGUAAAGCCAUGCCUGACUUGAUGUCCUAGAGCACAGGCCCGACCUAGGGGGGUUCCUAGGGUUGGGGCGUGAUGCCCAAGUGUGGGUAUGUUGGACCGACGUCCCAAGUUACAACUUCUUUUCCGGAAGCUUAUCUCAAGAGAACUCCAAGGGGAUGGGUGACCGACCAGGUUGUGUGAGG